ACAUGCAUAAUCUGUUCAGGGUUUCAAAGCAAAAUUUUAUUUCUGAAAAUUGAGGUAAUUGAACUCUUGUUUAUAUGUAUUCAUGAACAAACCUCAGAGGAACUAGCACACAACAGAGAUGAUGCAGUAAGUUUGGUGAUCUGCUAAAAGAUGGCAGCACACACUAAUUAAAGAUGUUUGCUUAAGCUGAUUAUUAUUAUGGCUUUAAAAAACACAAUGAGGGUAUCAGAGAAAUAAAGGUAUCAUUCUAGUUCUGCUAUAGUGUAUGUACUUACAUUUGUUGCCUUUGAAACUGACGAAACGUAAGAUAGGACCUCUUUUACUGAAUUGAAAACUUAAAACAAUGGAAUGGCAAACGUGCUUCAAUAGGAAAAACUGCAGUUAAGUGGUGUCUAUAGUAAGACUGAGUGUCCAAAUUAAACUGGUACGCUCAGCUGAUGACACCCAGGCUACUAGUAACACAAAUGACUAGAAAAUGGUUAAUUGACCUAAUUAAGGAAUUAAAAAUUAUUUGGAUACACUCAAAAACCCAAGCAUAUUUAAGCCUUUUAUUAACUCACUUCUUUUGCGAAAUGGAGAAAAUUGACUUUUUACAGAAACAGAGCGUAUCCAACAAAAAGGGGUUAAUAUCCAAAGUUGCCCAAGAGAUAUCACUGAGCACCCCCCUAAUUCUUGUUUACCUAUCCCUAGGCUACAUGAAUCAACAGAGAAAAAAAACUUUAUCCGACAAAACAAGGUUCAUCAAAAUUUAGGGGUUUGACUCCUGGACUACAGUGCGGAUCUGGCUCUAUCCGCUGUGGCGACCCCGAACAAAAAGGAAGCAGCUGAAUGGACAACAACAACUUUCCUGUCUGCUGUUGUGCUAAUGAGCGUGUAAUGAACGAUGUGUCCGCAGGUGUCAGACGGUCAGAAUUAUCUGAUGCUGUCUCUGAUGUUGUGUGUGUUUCUGGGACUGCUGCUGUGUGCCAAUCACUGUCGCUUCUCCGUGGCACAUUCAGCCACAGCACCCCAUGACCACCCCAUGACCAAGAGCUCCAGAUUCUGCUGUCCUGAAAGGCAGCUGUGUUCCUGUGAUGAUGGAGGAUUGAAGAGGAGUGCAUCCUAUCCACUGCUGAAUUCCUUCCAGGUAGCUGCCACUGAAGAUAUUGGUUGGACAGGCUGGAAGAGUCUCCACAGACCUGUUUCUGACAGUUCACACUUCAGAGCAGUUGGAAACAGCCCAUCACCCCAGAACAGGUUAUUAUUACCUGGUGAUUGUUCUUAUUAUGUCCUGGGGCCAGAACAAAGUAUCAGAGGAUAUAGUCGACAACAACGUCUGUCCAUUCUAACAUUUCUCACUAUAUCUCCAAGGCCCAAAUUACACAAGUGA